GGUUUAAUCUAUUGAUUUAUAAUCGGCUUGUUACAUAAGUCGAUUCUGGUUUUCCACAGUGAAAGAGCACUGGGGGAGCCCUGACGAUCAAACCCAUUGCCUCUGAUUUCACUUUACAAAACCAAAUUCUUCUACCUAUUGCUGCAAAGCCAUCCUACCUAUUCACUGAUUCUGACGGAAACGGUGAAACGCAAUCAGCAACUUCAGUCCAGUCAUUGUGAGAGCGCGGGAAUUCUCUGUCUAUCUCCCAACUCGUACCAAAUCAAAUGGAUGGUGUUGCCUCGGUUCCAAAGCUCUGUCUCCAUUUAAUUUCUUCUGCAAUUCAAAGAUGUCGAAUGUCCGAAGAUCUUUGCAGAUUAUCUGUUGUUCUCAAACGCUCUCCAGUUUCAGAUCCUCCCAUCCUUGGAAUUUCUAUUUCAGAUACAGGUGUUGGAAGCUGCUUGGAAGAGUUUAAGGACCUGAGGUACUCCAGGGAUUGGGCUUCAUUUGAAAAAUGGGAUGGAGAGCUUUCUGUCACAACUACAAGCAUUUGUGACAGAGAGAUUCAUCAUUAUCAUUUAAAUUUAAAAGAAAGUGUUCCCACCAAUAUGCUAACAGAGCUACCUUCAAAACCAAAGAAUGGGGCAAAAUUCAGUGGGACUGAAAUAUCUCUGUCCACUUUGGAACGCAUGGAUGACUUACUGGCAGAGAUCACUCACUUCUUUCGAAAGAUGCUCGUUUUAAAGAUUCCUAAUAUUGCAAUUGAACUGGUGAUUGAACAUGGUGAUAUUCUUGGAUCACGAUAUGGAAAUUUUAUUCAAGCAAAUGAGUGCAACCAUUUACCUUCUCCUAUGUCAAAUAUAGAAUGUCUGAAAUCAGGCCUUGAAGAUUUUGUUUGUAAGCAUGGAAACAGUCUAAAUGAGAAGUGUUUUUCUUGCUUCCCUAACAGGGAGCAUCUAAAGGUUGGAAGUGGAUUAGCAUGCCGUGCAGAAAGCCAAAGAAGCACUGGGCAGGUAAUGGAAGCUGUGAUUAUAAUAAGUGAAUCAUCAGAACCACCCAGUCCUUGCUUCAGUGCAUCUGGUCCAAAAACAGAGGUUUUGUGUUUCUAUGACUUCUCACCUUGUGCAAUCUCCCAGUCAUCUAUGAAUGCACUUAUCAGCAUUGACUGGAAAAAUUAUGGUUUGACUUUGAGAAGCUUUGUGGAUCAAAAUGGCUCUGCAUUACUAGAAUGGGAGGAUUUGCCAACUUAUGCCCAUAUCGAUAUUGUCCUCCAUUGUUACCAUAAACAGAUCAUGAUACCACCAGCAAAGCGAAAGACUGAACUUGACCGGAAUCUUAUAAAAAAGGCUGUAAAGCUUGCAUUGGAUGAUUUGAAGGCAAAAUAUACUGGACUUCUUCUCAGUGCACAUGCACUUAAGAUUUGCAGUUAUGCCCCUGAUCUUGCAAGAUCAAUCUCGGGCCUGAUCUUGUCUUCAAGUGACUCAGACUUCCAGAAAGAAUGCCUUUCUCUUCUUGGAUUGCAGUCUCAAGAAGUUGAAGGAGAAAUUGUUGAAGAUCGCAUUAAGGAAAAGAUUAUUUCAGUUGUAGAGAUUAAUGAUAGAAAGCCACAAAGGAGCAGAGAAGCUCCAUCUUUUCUUUUUGAAAAUGACUGCAUCCAGGAACAAGACCUCCAAGCCAAAGAAUACGAAGGUGAGGAAGCCUUUAAUUUGUUCUAUCCAUGAGCAAAGGAAUCUCUUAGUCUUGCAUUCUGUCAGCUCCCAUGAAUAUUUUGAUGAAUUCUACCUCAUGAUAAAUUGAAUAUGCCUCUGUUAUCUGCAUGGAAAAUUGUUCUUACAUAUAACCCUGGUCUCUAGUUUGCCCCAGCACGGUUUCUUACUGCUGGGCUUGCAAACUAGAGCUCGUGACAGAAGAUGGAUUUGAGCCUCUCAAAGCUCCUCUCUGUUACAUCAUUUUCCUGAAUUAUGUCAACUGGGCCUUAAUUAUAUGAUUUUGCGGUUUAGGACUGUUUGAAUUACAGAAUUGGUAAUGAAGGAGGACUUGAUUGUAAAUCAACUGUGAAUGUCAUAAACUUUAUGACAUGCAGUAAGGCACAUUAAGAAAAUCAAAGGAAAGAAUAUAAUGAAAAGGGCCCAAACCCCAACAAACAAUAGAUUUCCAUUGUAGACUACGAUUCCUGGUAUCUUCCUUGGUACCUUUCAAUUGGCAUAAUCCGGGGGUAUUACAGGUUUACAGGUGUGGUUCCCUUUAUCUGUGCACUUGAAUGGAGGGUGUGUAAUGUGACUUCCCAUCUUGCCUUCUGCUAUCAAAUUCAAAAGGCCAAAAAUAAAUUGAUGUGGCCCAAUUUUCCAUGCAUAUAUUUAGGUUUGAUUUUACCAGUUGGAUGCGAAAUUUAAGUGGUGUUGGUCAUCCACCAUUUUCAACAUCCACUGCCUUUUCUAUUUGGCUUACAUCAUAAAGACUACUCUUUAUUUUUUUAUUCAAUGAAUUGUUGGAAGAUUGCAGCAGAAUACAUUCACUGUUGCUAUGUUUGGCUGUGGAGAUAAAUGGAGGUAAAAUUUCCAACUACUUUACCUGCUUUUUCUCCCUUUGUUGCGGAAUUGUGUGGAAUUGUAAAUAUAGUCAUAGAUGUUUCCACCACCAUCCACACAGUAGGGGGUGGUUAGCGAUAGCUUUCCUCUCGUUCCCACCGUUCACUAUUCAUCCGGGAAUCUUAUCACUCAUCAGCAAGGAUCCAAUAGAGGUGGUGGAUUAUCUAUUUUAUUUUGAUGGCUAUGGCAGAGUAAUCCUGACCUAUCAGAAGGUUGCCAGGUGUAUGGUAUGACGAUUGUCGCAUCCACACCACACAUCUUGAUGGAGGCCUCUUCCACCUCCCCAAUUUCACAAUGAUCUUUGGAUCCAUGCCCCUGGCAAUGUGGAUGGUGCGUAAUUGGACUCCUACCAUCUAGUACAUUUUAAUUAUAUUUUUUAUUUGCCUUGUUUAAUAGUCUGGAAAGAAAGCGAAGACAUUAAAGCACAUGAAAUGGAAAUUGCCAAUUAAUUUCAAGAGUAGUCUUGACCAUUCAAUUUGAUUAGUACAAAAAUAUUCUUAUAAUUCUAUUAUUGGAUGUUUACAAAUAUCUUUUCACUUGAAAGUAUUCCAUGGACUGAGUUUUUUUAUUUUGUAAUUUUUAUUUUUGGAGAUAUUGUAAGACAGAGGUGCCAUGGAAUUUGAAGGGGAGAAACAAAGCCAUAGGCCAAGUCACAAACUAUUAGCUAUAUAUACUUCCAAGACAAAGGUUGUACGUUCUUUUGCUUUGGCAUAAGCAUAAGCAUGACUUCAGAUACAUAUAUAUAUAUAGUUUCUCAGUAUAUUUGUUAAGUCCGAGAAAAAAGAAAAAAAGAAAAAAA